AUGCCUUUGGUAGAGUUCUCUUACAACAACAACUAUCAUGUGAGCAUUAGAAUGGCUCCAUAUGAGGCCUUGUAUGGAAGGAAAUUUCAGUCUCCGUUAUGUUGGUAUGAAGCAGGAGAAAAGAGCUUGAUAGGGCUUGAAAUGAUAAGUGAAACUACUGAGCAAAUAAAGAAAAUCUACAGUCGAAUGCUUAUGGCUCAAAGUCGUCAGAAAAGCUAUGCUGACCAAAGGUGGAAGCCUUUAGAGUUUGAGGAAGGAGAACACGUUUUCCUGAAGGUUACUCUGACCACUGGAAUAGGGAAGUCCAUCAAAACUAAGAAGUUAAAUCCCCGUUACAUUAGGCCAUUUGAAAUCCUAAAGAGAAUUGAACCAGUGGCGUAUAGGAUCGCUUUGCCACCACAUCUUUCGAACCUGCAAGACGUGUUUCACGUAUUGAAGCUUCGUAAAUACACUUUUGAUCCUAGACAUGUCCUAGAGUCGGAAUCAGUUCAAGUGAGAGAAGAUCUGAUGCUUCCAGUAACUCCGGUUAAAAUUGAUGAUACCAGCAUUAAGCGUUUACGCGGGAAAGAGGUUUCUUUGGUGAAAGUAGCUUGGAGUCAGGCUGGUACUGAAGAACAUACCUGGGAGCUUGAAUCCGAGAUGCGGAAGGACUACCCACACCUCUUUUUAGGUAACUCACUUUGA